GUCAUAAUAUCUUAAUAUCAUUUUCAAGGUCAAGUUCAUUCCUUUUCCUUUCGGUUUUUGUUAUUAUUAUUGGGAAUUAUAAUCUUUAUUCUUAUAUCAUUAUAAAAUUAGUGUUUUACUUUUUUAGUAUCGAAUUGAUUACACUUCCUUCAAUUACGUGUAGAGAUUGAGAGAAAAUGGCGACAGCCGGUCAAGUGAUAAAAUGCAAAGCUGCGGUGGCGUGGAAGGCAGGCGAACCGCUUUCCAUCGAAGACAUCGAAGUGGACCCACCGAAAGCUGGAGAAGUGAGGAUUAAGAUAGUCGCGUCCGCCGUUUGCCACACCGACGCUUACACUCUAUCGGGCAAAGACCCAGAGGGUGUGUUCCCGGUGAUCUUGGGUCAUGAAGGCGGCGGUAUCGUAGAAAGUAUUGGACAAGGCGUCACUACGGUGAAGCCAGGUGACCAUGUGCUACCUCUAUACGUCCCGCAGUGUAAAAAGUGCAAGUUCUGCCUCAACCCCAAAACUAACCUAUGUCAAAAAGUCCGAGUCACGCAAGGGCAAGGCCUUAUGCCGGACGGUACCAAGCGAUUCCGCUGCAAGGGUCAGGAGCUGUUCCACUUCAUGGGAUGCUCAACGUUCAGUCAAUACACUGUUGUACAUGAAAUUUCCUUAUGCAAAAUCGACGAAAAGGCCCCUCUUGAUAAAGUAUGUUUGCUUGGAUGUGGAGUAACCACAGGUUUCGGAGCUGCCCUGAACACAGCAAAGGUUGAAGCUGGGUCUAACUGCGCUAUAUUUGGUCUAGGAGCCGUCGGUCUGGCUGUCGCUUUAGGCUGCAAAGUUUCUGGCGCUAGUCGCAUAAUUGGUGUGGAUACUAACCCGGACAAAUUUGAAAUAGCUAGGAAAUUUGGUGUAACUGAAUUCGUAAACCCUAAGGAUCACGAUAAACCGAUACAGCAGGUGCUUAUUGAUAUGACCGAUGGUGGGCUGGAUUACACUUUUGAAUGUAUCGGCAAUGUGAAUACUAUGCGCGCGGCUUUGGAGGCAGCGCAUAAGGGUUGGGGAGAGUCUAUAAUUAUUGGAGUUGCAGCCGCUGGGGAGGAAAUCAGCACACGCCCAUUCCAGCUUGUAACUGGCCGAGUUUGGAAGGGCACAGCAUUUGGAGGGUACAAAAGCAGAGACAGUGUCCCCAAACUCGUAGACGAAUACCUCCAAAAGAAACUACCUCUUGAUGAUUUUGUUUCGCACACAGUACAACUGGAUGAAAUUGAUAUGGCUUUCCAUUUGAUGCAUAUUGGUGCUGCUAUUCGUGUUGUUGUACUUUUGUAGAGGAUUCCAAUAUUGGGCUAUAUUUAUCAAAAAUAUUCCUAUUUAUUAAGCAUUUAACUAUUGUAUAGUGUGUACCUACCUACUUAUAUCAUGUAAAUUAAGUUUAGUUAAACUGGGAUUUGUCUGUGAAAUAUACCAUGGUUUUUAUGUACCUUCCUAUUUUAUUA